AUGUCGAAAAUACGGUCACGAAUAGAUUUCUCACCUAUAAUCCAGUGAACACCAUUGCCCCCACCGCAUUUGGGUGGUGCCACUCGAGCGGAUAUCUAUAGCGGUGGAUCGCUGCGAAGUGCGACUGCUUCACAGUCAGCGACACCAGUCUCGUCGCAUAGACAUCGAAUACGACCCGUGCAAACUCAAAUCCCUCGAGGUCUUACUCCAGCCGCAACACCCACAUUGAGAAGUAGACAAAGCAGUCAGCGUGUUGAUGACUUUACGCAGAAUGAAAAGAGUGAACUGCAGACAAAUGAACCUUCAACUCCACCUGCUGGCGGUUCAGGAAUGCCGAUGCAGAGAAAUUCGAGUGCAUCCAUCACACAA